ACCAGGGUAAUAUCCGGGUCUUUAAAGACCACAAUAUGAGCACCUUCUGGUUUUUCAAAAGGGUUCCACUUCUGAUAGGGUUAUUUGACUGCAUGUGAACGUUGACGAAUGUCUCGGUUUCAUUUGAUGCUCUGCACAAAUCCACGUAUGGAUUCCAAAUAUGAGCGCACGUGUUUGCCACCCAAACCCAAUAGUGCAGCAGAUAAGUAGAAAAAAGCCUUCAGUUGGUCAUACCAGCAUGACAUUUGGUGCUGGUGGCCACAAAAAACUUGAAGAUGGCCAUCAGUUGUUGGGGUUUCUGCCGAUUUGAGCACACCAUUCUCACCAUAUGAGAUCCACCGCACAUUUUCGUCAAAAACAUGUGGUCGGCAUACACCGAUCACAAAAACCAAUGGUCGUGUGCUGUGUCACAUAGAGUGGACAACACCCGUGUCGAGCCAUGUACAUGCAGCUCUUGAACUAGUUUCAUGCGGUUCUUCAGGAGCUGACACAUGACAUGCGUCAAAAAUGCUUGGCCGCCGCUGUCAUUCGCUCCCCCUACAGCUAGAUGGCACACUGACCAUGUAAGCCUGUUUGAGUGACGUCAAAGAGCGACGAGAGAAUCUUUGGUGUGACGUCAUUUGUGUUGUAAACAAUUUCCGUCAAGUUAUCUCUUGAAAUGGCAGGGAAAAAAAGCCCAGCCAAACGAAAAUAUGAAGAAGAACACAGGACGUUUUUGCCAGAGUGGGAGAGUUUAUAUUUUUUUGUUGAACGUAAUGGCAAGCCGAUUUGCCUUAUAUGUCACGCAGCAUUAGCGCAUUUCAAAGCUUCAAAUCUUCAUCGUCACUUCAGCUCACUCCACCCUAACAUCGAACAGGAAUUUCCAAAAGGGGCUGAACUUCGCAAGAACAAGUUGGUCGCUUCUAAAAGCCAAGCAGAAAAGCAGGUGCAGUUUUUCCAAAAAUUUACGAAACACUCGGAGACCGUAACGCUUGCAUGAUAUCAGCUGGCUUGGAACAUAGUGUGCCUUUAUUUUGAGGACCGGAUGUUACCGGAAGGAGAGGCAGUUGAAUGGAGUGUGUGUCGUGUGGAAGAAUAAAGGAGAACUUGCAUGUGGAGAAUAUCUUGCCGUCUGUUUGAGCCCACAUAUUAAGAAUACGACAUGGUGUCAGAGUCGCGGCAGCGGUAAGGAGCAGUGGAAGACUGUUGGGAGAGUGUUUUGUGUUUUUUCUCGGUGCAGUCGGCAGACGAAGAAAAAAAGAAAAAGUGCACAGCGCGGGAAUGGAUGGCGUGCAGGCCCCCCAGCUAGCAUCUAACCCUGCUAAUCCACCACCUAAUGCAACGUUCACGAUUCAGCCUCCGGAAGCGUUCGACUUUACAAAGCCCCAGGAGCUUUGUAGCAUCUUGUAGCAUCUCAUGACAAUAAAACUCUCUUGAAUCUCUUGAAUCUUGAGUGGGAGAGAUGGAGCAGACGCUUUGAAAGAUUUCGAUUGGCCAGCAACCUGCAUCUCAGCUCGCAAGCUAACCAGGUAAACACGCUAAUUUACUGCAUGGGCGAUGAAGCGGAUGAUAUACUGCGUGGUGAAGCUUUAACUGAAGUACAGAGGCAACAAUAUGAAGACGUUAGAAUAAUGUUUAAAGUAUACUUUGUGCCCAGAAAGAAUGUGAUCUACGAAAGAGCUGGAUUCAACUAACGUGUUCAACACUUCAAUGAGACAGUGGAUUCAUUCGUCACUGCUUUGUACUCCCUGGCGGAGAAUUGCAAUUAUGGAGCACUCCACGACGAAAUGAUAAGAGAUCGCCUCGUGGUAGGACUCAGAGACACUAGUCUUGCAGAGCGCAUGCAGCUGGACAAGGAUCUGACACUGGAGAAAGCUGUGAAUAUAGCAAGACAGUCAGAAGUCAUUAAGAAACAGCAAACUGACCUCAGGGGCGAGGCGAAAGCAGACGUUGAUGCUGUGACAGCUAAAGAUAAGAAACAAAAAAAGUACACACCAAAGACAUCGUUUCAACAAAAAAGCACAUCCAUGAAAACAAAAAUGACAACAGACCAAAAAUGCUACAAAUGUGGAAAAUCCCCGCUACAUGGGAAAUUCCAGUGUCCAGCCAAAGAUGUGAUCUGUCACACUUGUGGGGAAAAAAGGGACAUUAUAGUAAAGUGUGCAAAACGGCAGAAGCAGUGCAUGUAGUGGAAGCAAGUGCAAGGUGCGGUGAGGAACUAUUAUUUCUUGGAGCACUAGAUGUCGGCAUAGACCCCUGGUAUGCGACGUAACCAUCAGAAACCACAAAGUCAGAUUCAAGAUCGACACAGGAGCAGACGUCUCAGCUAUUUCAGAGCGGACAUAUCUCAAGAUUUCUAAUCGUGACUCCAAGCUUACAGACGCCAACAGACCGUUGGACAAACAGUUUGUGAUCCAUUUCUUUGUUUUCGGUGUGAAAAGGAAAAAGGAGUCUUUAUUUGUAUGCUGGUCGCCAUGGCAACCUUCAAGAAAACACGGUAGCAUCAAACAGAGACCAUGGCGGUCCGAAGCCCAUCUAAGCACCGCACUCCGGCUGCCUGGUAAUGCGCAUCACGUGACUUCAGGAUGGCGUGACUGCGCCUGGAGCCCCGAUGCGGAUUAGAAACGCGUGGAGAGCCGCUGAGCCCCCGGGGGUGCUGAGAAAAAGUGAAAAAUGGACAAGGAGUCAGUAGUCACGUGACAUGAAUGUAUCAGUUUAAUUUUACACUGGGGGGUGUUGCAGCACAAAAUGAGUAAGUUUCUCUAAAAGACGCAGAAGUGACAUGCAUUUUUUUUCAAUGGCUGCAGAUCAAUCCACUGAUUCUAGAAGUCCUGUAGAUGAAAUGCUCAUCUACUGUACUGAUCACAAACAUAUUGAUCCAAAAUGUUGAAUGAAAGCGUGUUUGAAUCUGGUACACAGUAUUUAGCUGGCGUGGAUGAUAAAAGACAUUGUCAUACGGUGCAGUGUAAUGUGCACAAUCCAAACUAUUUAUGUGGCUUACAAUAGCAAUAGAUAGACUUUGUAUCAGGGAUACCUGCUUUGGCAAGACACCUGCCCAAAUAAGUCUUUGAUGCGUGCGUAGCACUUUCCACGGAAUAAUUCAAGAUUCAAGAGAGUUUUAUUGUCAUGUGCAUGGUAAAACAGCAGUUAUACCAUGCAAUGAAAAUCUUAUUCUGUUCAUUCUCCCAAGAAAAGAAAGAAAACACAAGAAAGAAUAAGAACAUAAGAAACAUAAACACAUAUACAUAAAUACCAAUAAAUUAAGCAACAACAGAAGAGACAUUAAUACAAGUAAAUAAUACAAAUAAAUAAAUAAAGUGCUAUGAGUGUGUGUGUGUUGCGUGCGGCGUGUGUGAGUGCUUCGUUGAGAAGCCUGAUGGCCUGUGGGUAAAAGCUGUUUGCCAGCCUUGUGGUCCUGGACUUCAAACUCCUGUAGCGUCUGCCUGACGGUAGGAGUGUGAAUAAUGAGUGUUGUGGAUGUGUGCUGUCCUUGAUGAGGUUGUGUGUUCUGCGUAGGACUCUAGUUUUAUAAAUGUCUUGCAGUGAGGGGAGGGCUGCCCCAACAAUGUUCUGUGAGGUCUUGAUCACCCGCUGGAGUGCCUUCCUGUCACGUGUUGUACAGUUACCGUACCAAACAGUGAUGGAGGCGGUAAGGACACUUUCCAUAGUGCAUCUGUAGAAGCAACUCAGGAUUGUGGUGGACAUGCCAAAUUUCCUCAGUCUUCUCAGGAAGUACAGUCUCCUUUGGGACUUCGUCAUAAUUUGUUGGGUGUUGUGAGACCAGGUGAGGUCCUCGCUGAUGUGUGUGCCAAGGAACUUGAAGGUUUUCACCCUCUCCACCUCAGUCUCAUCAAUAAACAGGGGUCUAUGCGGCUCCUUUUCCCUUGUUCUUGGGUCGAUGAUCAUCUCUUUAGUCUUCUCUGUAUUGAGAAGGAGAUUGUUAUCACGACACCAAGCUAUGAGGUCCGCCACCUCUCUUCUGUAUGAUGUUUCAACACCACCAGUGAUCAGUCCGAUGACUGUAGUGUCAUCCGCAAAUUUAAUGAUGCUGGUGUUGUUCUGGGAGGCCACGCAAUCGUAGGUGAAGAGCGUGUAGAGGAGCGGACUCAGCACACACCCCUGUGGGGUCCCAGUGCUCACAAUUCUUGAGCUGGAUGUGCGAUUGUGGACUCUGACUGACUGGGGCCUGCCUGUGAGAAAGUUAAACACCCAGUUACAGAGGGAGGGUGACAGGCCAAGUGUGAGGAGCUUAUUUGUGAGUUUGUGGGGGCAGACUGUAUUAAAAGCAGAGCUAUAGUCUAUAAAUAGCAUUCUGACGUAUGUGUCCUGGCCCUGUAGGUGAGAAAGGGCUGUGUGGAUGGCAGUGUUGACUGCAUCAUCCGUGGACCGGUUCUGGCGAUAUGCAAACUGUAGAGGGUCCACAGUUGCCGCCGGGAUGCUCUUUUUGAUGUGGGUCAUGACUAUUCUUUCAAAGCACUUCAUAACAAUAGGAGUGAGUGCUAUAGGGCGAUAGUCAUUCAAGCAGGUCACGUUGCUCUUCUUGGGUACGGGCACUAUGGUGGUGGACUUAAAGCAGGUUGGUACAGAUGCUUGUGCAAGCGACAGGUUAAAUAUGUCAGCAAGCACAUCAGCUAGCUCUGAUGAGCAAACCCGAAGUGCACGUCCUGAGAUGUUGUCUGGGCCUGCUGCUUUUCGUGGGUUUGUUUUGUUCAGAACCCUGCGCACAUCAGCUGAUGUCACCAUGAGAGGUGAGUCCUGUGUGCUCCCCAGGUUCAGCCACCCUCUCUGCUCAUCAGGAGUUUGGGUGUCAAAGCGGGCAUAGAACUCAUUCAGCUCAUCUGGAAGUGUGGUUUGGCUGGACGUGGCUACGCUACUCUGCUGUCAAUAGUCUGUGAUGUGCUGGAGCCCCGCCCACAUGCGCCGAGGGUCUGAGGUGGAAUAGUAGCCCUCCAGCUUCUGUCUGUACUGUCUUUUGGCCUCUCGUAUGGACCUCCUCAGGUCAUAUCUGGCCUUUUUGUAGUCAUUAGCGGUGCCCAUGACAAAUGCAGUCGAACGAGCACGUAGCUUAGCCUUUACAUCACAGUUCAUCCACUGUUUUUGGUUAGGGUAUUUUCUGUAAUACUUGGUGGUGCUAACAGUCUCUAUGCAUGUGCUAAUGUAGCCAGUAACAGCAGAAGCAUAUUCAUCCAAAUCAACAGUACAAUCUUGCCUACCACUUGGAUCCAUUUCCACGUUCCUUUUCCGCCGGAAUGAUGAGAUGUUGACUUGUGCUGUAGACUGGAAGAAAUGCUUCUCUAUUUUCACAGCAACUAUUUGAUUUCAAGCAGUCCUUGCUUUUCUUUUUCUCAGCUUUUCUCGGAAAGAAAGAAUGCUAGCGGAAGUUAGCCUUGCUUGUUUUUAGCCGUCUCUGUGGCUUUUUUCCGAGCUAAGCAGCUAAGCAGUUUGACAACGUGUAGCGAAGCAAUGAAGCUUUCAACUCCACAGCACGCACAGCCAUAGACAUACUGUAUGCAUUUACUGUAGCCACGGGUCUACAGUAGUGUGCUGUUCCAACAUGCUGUUUUGUGUGUGGGCUGUAGAGGGCAGUCGUGUUCAGCAUACUGGUUAGAGCCAGCACUUGAUGAAGAAAAUGAGCAAGUGAGAGAGUGAGCGUCGUAUGUUCCAUCCGUCCAUCUUUGCUCUUUCAAACAAAUGAAAUAGCCAACUCAAAGGCAGCAACGAGUCUGCUUUUUCACGUCCAAAAAUGCAACUUUCUAUCUUUUUGUGUGUGUUGGCCGACUAGAAGAUGGACUUGGACGUGUUGUUUGUGUUAUGGCUUUACUUACAUGACUGACAUGUUUUCAUCCUGCCUUUCAAGUCUCUCUCGCCCAUAUUGUCAAGUGCCAAGUGUGACCUUGACGAGGACGCUGUGGCCAACUGGAGCGUGGACUCCUGUGGCGAUGGUGGAGAUCAAUGCUCCAUCAGCAACUACAAACGGUGGUUGGUAAGCACGUGUAAAGCUGUUGUUCCACGUGUCAGCCAAGAACUAUCUAGAAAACUACUGUAGUAUACAAUACCUACACUAUGCUCUACAUUAUGCAGGCACUCUAUGGGAUACUCUGCACAUGUUGACAUUGAUGCAAAUGUUCAGUUCCAGUGUGAAAAAUGGAAGGCGGCCUUUGGAGGGCAUUUCCAACACAUCCUAGUAGAAAUACUUGGCAUUCUCCCAGUGUCUCCUCCAUGUUCAAACAGUCUGCCCUCAGCAGGCGGCACUGAUGUCUCCUAUGGCACACGCUGCAAGACACUAACACCGACAUCAACAGUACCCACCCAGACACCAAGUGCUGUGACACUGACCACUGCAACUAGCAGGCCCGUGGUGCGUGGGGGCUGCGCGGCUGCCUUUGAUGGUGGCCAUCAGCGUGAUCAGUCGUGUUAGUGAUACUGUAGUGAUGCUGGGCUAACACCCCCAUGCGGCCCACUCCUUCUUUCCCUCUUUCACCCUGCAUACCAUGACAAGCACAUAGUCCAAAAAAGCAACCCCGUAAUAACUCAUCGGACAAGUUUAAAGUCCCAUUAUGAAGGAGGGAAGGAGAACAAGUUGUACUUUUAAAAGCAGCUCAUAGUAGUAGGAGGAAAAAUACCAUCAUUUUCAUAGCAUAGACUUGAAGAAAGUCCUAAUAUUGGGAACAAGCAAACUAAACCGGCCUUUUUGGAGGGAAAGUUUGGAAAAAAGCACAAAAGGAGAACAGCAAAAAUCAGCAAUCAUUUGACAAGAAUAAAGUCCAGAAGACAAGUUAUAGUCUAUCAAUAAAUAAAUACUUCAAUGUGUCAUUAAACAAUUUAAUCAGUACAUCUUUCAAUUAAAUAAAUGUGUCAUGCAAUCAUGAGAAGAGUAGUUAUUUCAUGUAAAACCAUACAUCAUUUCACUAAGUUCAAUAUUUCAUGAUUGAUUUCAGGUACACGUGCGUGGAACUUGAUGGAUGAAUUGGAUCUGUCACAAGCGCCCAUCAAAGUGUGUGGGCGGGACUACCACCAAUCUGGUCCAAUGAUUGCGUUGGUGUGAAGCUCUGACGUCGGAGAACGUAGUCCAACUUUGUGGGGAAUUGUUUGUUGCUAUGUGAAACCUUGCGGAGGAUGUUCGUGGAUCUGCUGAGCCGGAGCACAUAGCAGGAAAGACAGAGUAAGUUCUUCAAGUCGUUGGAAGGAUUUGCACACUUUCUGACCGAUUUGUUGAACGGAGAGUGGCUGAAAAUGUGGAGGAAGCCCCCCAGCACUUCUCCACCAGGGUUCAUCAGAGCUUCACACCAUUGGACUAGAUUGGCGGUAGUCAAGCGUUGAAAUCAAUAAAGAGUGAAAUCAUGAGUGAAAGACUUGGUUUAAUGAAAGGAAGUUAGUCAUUUUUCAAGAAUAAAUGGAACAAGAAUGAAUCAGCUAAUAUUGGAGCAAAUCUGGUAUGUGUGGCUUUUGUCUUGAGCCCAAAUGAAGCAUUUUGCAGCAUAAAAAUGGAUAAAUGAAGUAAAUAUUAGUUCAAUAUGGAAAAGAAAGAUGAGGCGGGGCCGCUUGAACGUGGAUGUGGACCCUUCCUGUCUGGACUCCUCCCACCCAGCUGAGCACCACACCUGGACCUGCACAUCACACACAGCAGAACAUGGAGCAUUGAGGCAAUGAAGCAAGCCUCUUCCUGUGGAAGGAUCAUGAAGAAGCUGCUGUCUUUGACCUCCACGUGACAAAUGUUUCAAAGUGGACACUUUGUUACACAUCACACACCUGUGUGUGUGCGUCUGUCUCUGCUUGUGUGUGUGUGUGUGCGUCUGUCUCUGCUUGUGUGUGUGUGUGUGUGUGUGUGUGUGCGUCUGUCUCUGCUUGUGUGUGUGCGUGUGUCUGUGCAUCUGUCUCUGCUUGUGUGUGUGUGUGUGUGUGUGCGCGUCUGUCUCUGCUUGUGUGUGUGUGUGUGUUUGCGUCUGUGUGUGCGUGUGCGUGUGUCUGUGCAUCUGUCUCUGCUUGUGUGUGUGUGUGUGUGUGUGUGCGCGUCUGUCUCUGCUUGUGUGUGUGCGUGUGCAAGAGAUGAUGAGUGAUGAGUCUUUCUCAGCCAUCUAGUAACUCUGAUUCUCUGGGUCAGGAUGAGACACACACACACACACACACAAGCAGAGACAGACGCACACACACACACACACACAGGCCAAAUAUUCAUGCAUGACAAAAGUAUUGGGACAUGUUCCAUCCACAGCAGUGUUUUUUUAUUGGUAGAAAUAAAAGCUAUAGAUUUGCACCACUAAUCCAUCCAUUUUCUAUGUCACUUCUCCUCAUUACGGUCACGGGGGUAUGCUGGAGCCUAUCCCAGCUGACUUCGGCAAGAGGCGGGGUACACCCUGGACUGGUGUCCAGCCAAUGGCAGGGCACAUAUAGACAAACACUCCCAUUCAUACCUAUGGACAACACAGAAAUGCCCAACGGAGAAUUGAACCCAGGUCUUCCCAUCGCCACACUGUGACUGUGUGGCCAACAUGCUAACCACUACACCACCGUGCGGCCCUGCACCACUAAUCCAUACUCAACAAAUAAGAGACACUUGCUUUUCUAUUGCUGUGUUCAUUGGCGCAUGCAAACACAGCCCAAGCUUGGUUAGCAUCAUUGCUCUCUUCCAGAAGGUCCGACUCUGGCCAAAACUUACCUAACUCCAUGGAUGUUUCCCCUAAGAAAUAAUGUGAAUCCAGUUCCAGCAGUCCCUCCUUUAUCGCUGUUAACUGGUUCAGGCCAAGAAUGCGUAGAAAUGAUUGAAAUAUCAUUUUGUUUCCUAACAAUCGGCCGCAUUCAACCACAAACAGCAAUCAUGUAUGAACUGUGCUACGUACGGUGCAUCCGUGACAUUGGAAGCGCAAAGUGGUGAGUGAUGGGUGUAAUCUGUUCCAGAAAGCACAAAUGUCAACACGAAACAUGUUUGGAUGCUUUCACCAUCCUAGUUUUCCAAGCGCAUAUCAGAGCACAUCAAUCCAUCACAUCUUGAAAUGAUGCAUGAACAUUGAAGCUUCCUUUGACCUUCAUUGAAGACGUGGUUGUGGCCUAAGACGUCAUGUGACAGCCACAUCAACACAGACACCACCUGGGUGGUACUUCCUGAAUUCCGUCUCUGCUUUUCUUUACAUCACAGCUGCAAAAUAAGCCGAACCGGGGACAUAGGAAGUUGCACAUUGCAAGGAUGAUAAAAUACAUGAAAAACAAUUCCAUGAAGAACACAGCAUGCUGAUAACACAAGAUGCACGCCAUCUUGUACGCUAACUGGAAAAUGUACAUAAAAGCAGGGCAACAUUUUGGCCUACGCUAACCGAGGUUCCACUGUUUUUGUGUGACCUUUUUAGUGUGCGGUUGCGUCAUCACCUCUUUUUGCCUCUGUCACAAAAAAAGGUCAAAGAUGUGUAAAUACGUCUUUGGGAUCGGGCGUUGGGGUUUCUAAAAACGUAGAAAUACGUCUUUGGUAUUUAACUAUGUCCUGAUGAGAUUGAAUUGAAUAGCGUUUCUCACCUCCUGCAUCAAAUUGCUGCCACUCCCAACUUUGUUUGACCCCAUGACGUGUUAUGGGGAUGGGGAGUCAUCAUGGCCGCUCCAGUUGACGGAACCAUACAGUACAAGGGAAAUGGACUACUUUGUUACGUGCAAUAUUGUCCCAACGCUGAGGCAAAGGAUGAGUGACAUUUUCAAUGCUUUGGAGUAAUACAGCAAUUAUUUUUCAAACUAAAUAACAAGCAUAACAUAACAGUCAUAUGCCACACCUGGCAUGGAACACAGGUCCUUAUUAGACCACAAUGAUUAGCCUAUUUUCCACACUAAAAGUCUCACUUUUUUCAUGGUUUGGCUGGUCCUGCCACUUAUACUCCGGAGCCACUUCUACAUGUUUUUUAGAGAUGGCACUCUAAGCUUGUGUGAUAGUAUCUGCUACUCCUAUCACUCCCGUACCACUGAACAUGUACAAUGCAAUCAUCAACUUAUGAAGACGGAACACAAAGGCCCCCAAAAAGGAAAUCAUAUUCUGCAGAUGACAGACAGGCUGCAGGUAAACUAGUCAUGUGAUGUUGUUUAGGCUACAGUUAGUUAGAAUAAGUGUUAAUAUGUUACGUGAACAUACCACCUACAGUAUUCACCUGCGGUUAACAGACGCUGUUGUUCUCCAUGUUGUUGUUUUUACUAGAACUUGCCUUUCUAGAUGAAAGGUCUGUUCUUGCUCUCUGACUUUACAAAAUACAUUUCCUCCAAAAAACCCUAACUUCUAGUCCAGUGCGACUUGUGCAUGGUAAAUGGUCUUUCACUUGUAUAGCGCUUUGACACUGCUAGCACAUUGACCUACUGAUGACGCAGCGUCAAGAGCAACCGGGGGUUCAGUGUCUUACCCAAGGAUACUUUGACAUGACCGUGGGAGGAUCGAACCUGCAACCUUCAGGUGGGGAGGCAACAGCUCCACCACCUGAGCCGUGCCUCAUGCCGGUUGUUUUCUUCUUCAUUGUGUUCCCAAAGAUGUAUUUAUGGCUUUUCAUGCAGUUUUAAGACGUAAAAGCUGCCACAAGGUGGCAGAAGUGCAUUUGAUAAGAAUUCGGCAUGCGUCUUUUGCGUAUAAAAACACACUCAACAGCAAGGAGGAAGUGGAAGAGCAUGGAGGAGUGCAGCCUGCAGUUGUAGGGAUAUUUUAACUUGUGCACACACACAGUUUAGUACCACAUGUGAAAACUGUAAAAAGUUGAUGGUGUUAUAUUUGUACAUAAAUGUUUAUUUUGAUGUUUUGUGUGUUGGUUAUGUCGGUGUAGUUGUUUAGAUAUUUGAGCUGUCACAAAAGCAAAAAAUAUUUGUGUCAAAGUGAAAGUUGUGCUUGAAAUGUAUCUUUUCACAAAAAAGCUGCUUUUUGCCCUGUUUAGUUGGGAACUGAUAUUUCCCUGAAACUUCGUUCUACUGCUUAUGACUAAAGAAGUGAAAAGGUAGAAACCAACUUGUUUUCCUGAUGAAAGCGGGAGUGUAAUGCUUCCUUUGGUAGGUUCCAUGCUUAUAAAGCCAUGGAACACAAUAUUCCGUGUGAUCAGUCAGAAGGGUGUAAAAUGGCCGCUACCGAAGGGGUUGUCUUUUGAAAAAUGGCUGGGAUGGAACGAGUUGAAAUAUUUCACUGUAUUCCAUUAUUGGCGACAGAGCAGAAAGGACGUUUGGUGUAAAGUUUCAUGUAGAGCACCCAUCACUCCAACUAUGUUUGAUAACAAGUGCCAACAUAUGGCGUGAUAAAGGGGACACGUGCGGGCAGCAUGGUACCUCUCUGGCUGCUACGAAGCACCGUCACCCGUCCGUGUGCUCAAGGCAGGACCAAAGCAUUCCAUGCACUUUUGGUUGGUGGUUGCUCAGUAUGGAUGUUCACUUUUUGCUCCGUGUGCAUUUUGAACUUUUACUGCAAAUGCAAACAAAGAUUGUUUCAGAAGUACUUUUGGAGGAAAAAACCCAGGUAGAAAAAUGUGUAUUUGAAUUUGUACUUUGUGUGAAUGAAGCCAUUCAACAACACGUAGUUUUCUCUGCUCUCCAUUUUGUUGCAUUUCCUUGUUUCCAGUUCCCAGUUGAGUGUGUUGUGUCCAGAUACUGAAAAUAGACAGAUCACUUUCUCAGGAGUGUUUCUUUUGGAUUACUUGUUGGAAACUCGUCCUGUAGGGUUUUUUUCAAGUGCAUGUUUUGCUUGUAGAGUCGUAUGCCCAAAUGGCAAAAACGAAAGCACACGCGUUCGUUCACAUGCGUGUUCCGAGACUCGUCUAGACUUACGACAAAGUGGACUCACACGUGCGUCAUUUUGGGAGGAGAAGACAAGAACAUAGCAGGAGAAUGUCGAUCGGGGUGAGUCGUGACAGGAAAUAUUCAGACAUUAUGUCGGCUUGUCGUCAAAGCUCACUUCCGGACAGGUGACAUCAUGUUGGAAGCGAUGAGCCGGCGCUUUCAGAUUUCCCCAUGCUGCAAGCCGUUUUCAAAAAAUGACGCUCCAGGGCACCCGGAAGGCCGUUCCUGCAUUGCCUGGGAUGUGCACGAGGCCCGGUGCUCACACCCGGCUGUGUGGCCAGAUAGUCUUCUUUUGCAGGUGACUGGGAUGUAAAUAUACCUGCUGUGCAUCUGAGCAAUGUUCUUUCUGCUGAUAUGGAUGAGGUAGGUAAAAGCCAGGCCCUUUUUCCAAAAAAACUGCCACCUAAGUUUAUACAGGAUGUUGUCUUAAGCCGCCGCUAUUGGGGAUUGUUUUCACCGCUUCAUCUCUCAGGCAGGGCCCGGGGCCCAUCGUUGGCCGACAUGACGAACGUUGUGCACUGCGCCCUCGCCGCCCUCCUGGGACUUCAGGUGGCGUGAGCCCCAGCAACCUCUUAAGGUGGCAGGUGAGUGUGCACCGGUGAAUGCCAGGUCAGUGGAUGCCUUCUCUGAGCUGUUGCCUCCCGACUGGACCUCCACCAACACGCCAAGAAGUACUGGCCGUGCCGUGGAGGAGGUGUUGCUACUAUUUCACACCAGAAGCCAUUGUCCAGGGUGGCGUUCUCCUCGUUCGAGGUGAGCUGCGACAAACUGAGCCAGUGUUGUGCGAGGUCAUCUACAGACCACCCAAACACAACAAACAUUUGAUUGGGGGCUUUUCUGACUUUAUGGCUGCCAUGUUGAUCAAGCAUGACAACAUUUUCAUUGCGGGUGAUUUUAACGUUCACGUCUGCUGCCCUUUUGCACCUAUGGCCAAAGACUUCCUAGUCGAGAUGUCCCAUACCGGCUCAACCGAUGCAUUUGUGUUUCUUCUGCCUUGAUUGAUGUUAUUUGUGGAAAGAUGUCAUUUAUUUUCACUUAAAGGGGUAUCCUUUCAAAUACGUGAAUUCUCGAGUGCUUAAGCACGUCAAGGCCUCGUCGGCUCCAAACGUUUUCCAGCUCAAUGAGGGGGAGACAGAAGUCAUCCCCCUCAUUGACUUCUGGCCUCAUCAGACCUGCGUCCGCAUGUUUUGGACACACGGGUAAAGAGAGGGGCUGAGCUGUCCACUGAUCACCACCUGGUGAUGAGUUGGAUUAGAUGGCGGGGGAGGAUGCCGGACAGACCUGGGAGACCCAAACGUGUAGUGAGGGUGUGCUGGGAACAUUUGGUAGGGUCUCCUGUUCGUCCAGUCUUCAGCUCUCACCUCCGGCAGAGCUUCUCCUGCAUCCCGGGGGAGGACGAGGAUAUCGAGUCCGAAUGGGCUCUAUUCCGUGCCUCCAUUGCUGAGGCAGCCGAUCGGAGCUGCGGCCGCAAGGUGGUCGGUGCCAGUCGUGGCGGCAAGCCCCGAACCCGAUGGUGGACACCAGAGGUCAGGGCUGCCAUCAAGCUGAAGAAGGAGUUCUAUCGAGCAUGGAUGGCUUGUGGGACUCCUGAAGCAGCUGACGGGUAGCGGCAGGCCAAGCGGCACGCGGCUUCGGCGGUGGUCGAGGCAAAAACUCGGGUGUGGGAGGAGUUCGGUGAGGCCAUGGAACACGACUUUCGGUCGGCCUCGAAGAGGUUCUGGCAAACCGUCCGGUGCCUCAGAAAGGGGAAGCAGUGUCCGGUCCACACUGUUUACAGUGGGGACGGGAGCCUGCUGACCUCGACUGAGGAUAUAGUUGGGUGGUGGAAGGAAUACUUUGAGGCCCUUCUCAAUCCCACUGACAUACCUUCCAUAGAGGAAGCAGAGACUGAGGACACGAACACGGACAGUUCCAUCACCGUGGCUGAGGUAUCUGGGGUAGUCAAAAUGCUCCCCAGUGGCAAAGCUCCGGGGGUGGACGAGUUUCGCAUUGUAUUCCUCAAGGCUCUGGAUGUUGCGGGACUGUCUUGGCUGACACGUCUCUUCAACAUUGCGUGGAAGUCGGGAACAGUACCUCUGGAUUGGCAGACUGGGGUGGUGGUCCCCCUUUUCAAGAAGGGUGUGUUCCAACUAGAGGGGGAUCACACUCCUCAGCCUCCCUGGGAAAGUCUAUUCCAGGGUGCUGGAGAGAAGGGUACGACCGUUAAUCGAACCUCGGCUACAGGAGGUGCAAUGUGGUUUUCGUCCUGGUCGCGGAACACUGGACCAGCUCUACACCCUUGCAAGGGUCCUGGAGGGUACUUGGGAGUUUGCCCAACCGGUCUACAUGUGCUUUGUGGACCUGGAAAAGGCAUUCGACCGUGUCCCUCGUGGUGUCCUGUGGGGGGUGCUUCGGGAGUAUGGGAUUGGUGGCGCGCUACUACGUGCCAUUCAGUCCUUGUACAACCGGAGCAGGAGCCUGGUUCGCAUUGGCAGUAGUAAGUCAAGCCUGUUUCCGGUGAAUGUUGGCCUCCGCCAAGGCUACCCUUUGUAACCGAUUCUGUUUAUAAUUUUCAUGGACAGAAUUUCUAGCCGCAGUCAAGGUGACGAGGGAGUCCAGUUCGGGGACACUAGGAUCUCAUCUCGGCUAUUUGCAGACGAUGUGGUCCUGAUGGCCUCAUUGGGCUGUGACCUGCAGCGUUUACUGGGACAGUUUGCAUCUGAGUGUGAAGCUUCUGGGAUGAGACUCAGCACCUCCAAAUCCGAGGCCAUGGUUCUCAGUCGGAAAAGGGUGGAUUGCUCCCUCCGGGUUGGGAAUGAGGUCCUGCCCCAGGUGGAGGAGUUCAAGUAUCUCGGGGUCUUGUUCACGAGUGAGGGAAGGUUGGAGCGUGAGGUUGAUAGGCGGAUCGGCGCAGCGUCUGCAGUAAUGCGGUCGCUGUACCGGACCGUCGUGGUGAAGAGAGAGCUGAGCCGGAAGGCAAAGCUCUCAAUUUACCGUUCGAUCUAUGUUCCCACCCUCACCUAUGGUCAUGAGCUUUGGGUCAUGACCGAAAGAACGAGAUGGCGGAUACAAGCGGCUGAAAUGAGUUUUCUUCGUAGGGUAGCGGGACUCACCCUAAAAGACAGGGUGAGGAGCUCGGUUAUCCAGGAGGAGCUCAGAGUAGAGCCGCUGCUCCUUCACAUCGAGAGGAGCCAGCUGAGGUGGCUCGGGCAUCUAGUCCGGAUGCCUCCUGGACGCCUCCCUGGUGAGGUGUUUCGGUCAUGCCCGGGGAAGACCUAGGACACGCUGGAGGGAUUAUGUCUCACAGCUGGCCUGGGAGGAGGAGGUCGGGGACCCGGGAAGUCUGGGCUUCUCUACUGAGACUGCUGCCCCCACGACCCGGACCCGUAUAAGCGGAGGAAAAUGGAAUGGAGCUGGGAUGUGUGUGUGUGUGUGUGUGUGUGUGUGUGUGUGUGUAGUAGACUCCAGCAGGCACUCCUUUGAGGCUGUAGAAGUGCUGCUGGCUGGACGUGCAUGUAUCCCGGAUUGAAAUGACGCCUGUAUAUUUAUAUAUAGUGUAUACUGUAUGUUUAAUGAUGUUUAUGAUGAAACAAAUCUCUCCUUGCAGGCUGCAGUAACAAGACUACUUUCUCUGUCAAUAUGUGUUGAAUGUGUGUAGUAGACUCCAGCAUCACGGAGCCCUUCUGGUCGGUGGGCACGUGACAUGAAUGCUCCCGUGUGGAGUAUCGAUCUUUAUGAUAGCUACACGUCACUCCUUGUAGAAGUGAUGCUGGCUGCACGUGCAUGUGUCACGGAUUGAAAUGACGUUUUGACUGCCUUACUGUAUAGGAGUGAUGCACGUGCCGCCUGCUGCAGUAACAAGACUACCGGGCGAGUGUACACCGGAAGAAGCCGUACAGGAGCGGAGAAGAGCUCAUAGCCGACUAGUAAAAUCAGAUCACAAAGACUAGAGUCAUGCAGUGGAAGGGAAAAGGCCUCCAGAUCCUCUUCAUCAUGGCGCUCCUCUUCAUCCCCAUCCAAUCACAAUGGAUUCCUUGGCCUUUCUGGCCGUGGACACGCAUGGACAGCCUGGAGCAGGACAUGAAGAAUCUCAUUGCACGUGUGGACAACCUGAAGACUGCAGAGACUGCAAACCAAAACACCAUUCAGAAUCUCAUUGCACGUGUGGACAACCUGAAGACUGCAGAGACCACAAACCAAAACACCAUUCAGAUUCUCACUGCACGUGUGGACAACCUGAAGACUGCAGAGACCACAAACAACAAAACCAUUCAGAAUCUCAUUGCACGUGUGGACGACCUGAAGACUGCAGAGACCACAAACCAAAACACCAUUCAGAAUCUCAUUGCACGUGUGGACAACCUGAAGACUGCAGAGACUGCAAACCAAAACACCAUUCAGAAUCUCAUUGCACGUGUGGACAACCUGAAGACUGCAGAGACCACAAACCAAAACACCAUUCAGAUUCUCACUGCACGUGUGGACAACCUGAUGACUGCAGAGACCACAAACAACAAAACCAUUCAGGAUCUAACCACACGUGUGGGCAAGCUGGAUGCCAUGUCAGACAAACGUAAGGUGUGGUUUGCAGCAGCAGGGGGCCACACAAAGACAAGUGAUGACAAGGUGAUCUUUACCGGAGUGUGCACCAACAUGGGUAACGCCUAUGAUGCCAACACAGGCAUUUUCACAGCCCCCUACAAGGGCGCCUACUUCUUCACUGUGAACUACAGAUCACAGGGUCAGAAGAUUUAUCUAGAUGUGUAUAAGGAGAAGAAGAAUGGGAACAGAGAGUGGCUGAUGCAGCUGUAUGACGACACCUACAUCAAAGACAAGGAAUACAUGGCCUCCAGCAGCAGGAUGGUUGACCUGGAGGUUAAAGACAAGGUGUAUGUCUAUGCUGGUAGUGACCAUGAACUUACAUGUUGUGCUAACAUGUUCAGUGGCUUCCUGGUGCAUCCCAUGUAAAGUGGGGGCGGGCGCAUCCAUCCAUGAUAUCAGGGAUAUCAGGGCAGUAUCGCUAUGGGAUGGAUGCUUUGCUGUGUAUUCCAUGAUAUCGUGUGGCUAACGUUCCACGUGUUUAUGGGUAUUGAGGGCGUACAGGUGGCGUGUGGCUGAUGCCACCUACUGGUAACGCUUGUCAUAUUUACUCGAAUUCUGCUCUGUAUUGUUUUCCUAAAGGGACUGUUUGCCAACAUCCCGCCCUCUUCCUGUGUUGGCACGGAAGGCUAUUGCUAACAUGCUAGCUUCUACUUGUAUUUGUUCCCUUGAAAUGUUGUCAUGAUUUGCCAACCAUGUGCCCUGCUAAUGGAUCAUUCUGGAUGUGAUGCCAACAUACUGGAUGCCAGCGGACGUGUCCUUUCUGUGUCAUCAAUAAAGUUGUGUUGAAGUAGGCCACACCCAUGGAUACAUGGUGGUGGUCUACGCCCAUGCUAAUGUCCUAGAGCGUAUUGAUGACAUGUAUUUCAUGAAUGAUCACAUGAAUAAAUCCUGUUAGGAAAACAAGUGCAUCUUUCAUGCUGAUGCUUUGGUUUAAAUGUACAAAUGGAAGUGAAAUCCAAGGCAGAAGACACGUGCACGUUGGGAACGUCCAUGUCUAC